AAGAAUAUUCUAUGUAUAUUAACCUAUACGGAAUGUGACUUUAGUUUAUAACGUUUAACAACAGUACAAUUUGGAAUGUAUUCAAUAUGUAAAAGUACCCAUCCCUCUACGGGAGUAGAACACGCGAUAACAUGUUACUUUUUCAAUCGUUCCGAAAAAUGUCUUGUGGUAGCAGGUGCAAAUAUCAUCAGAGUAUUUCGUUUAAUACCGGAUGUAGAUAUUACGAAAAGAGAAAAAUAUACAGAAGCACGUCCACCAAAAAUGAAAUUAGAAUGUCUAGCACAGUAUGUUUUACAUGGAAAUGUGAUGUCAAUGCAAGCUGUAGCUCUUGUUGGAUCUCAAAGGGAUUCUCUGUUAUUAAGCUUUCGUGAUGCUAAGUUGUCAGUUGUAGAAUAUGAUCAGGAUAUACAUGACCUCAGAACAGUAUCUUUACAUUACUUUGAAGAAGAAGAGAUUCGGGAUGGAUGGACAAAUCAUCAUCAUAUUCCUAUUGUUAGAGUAGACCCUGAAGGAAGAUGCGCAGUAAUGUUAAUAUAUGGCAGAAAAUUAGUGGUAUUACCUUUUAAAAAGGAUCCAAGUCUUGAUGAUGCAGAUUUAUUAGACAAUACAAAAGCAUCGUCUAAUAAAAUUCCUAUAUUGUCAUCAUAUAUGAUAGUAUUAAAAAACUUAGAGGAAAAAAUGGACAAUAUAAUAGAUUUACAAUUUUUGUAUGGUUAUUAUGAACCUACAUUAUUGAUAUUGUAUGAACCAGUGAGAACAUUUUCAGGGCGUAUUGCAGUCAGACAAGAUACAUCUGCCAUGGUCGCAAUAUCACUAAAUAUUCAACAGAGAGUACAUCCCAUUAUUUGGUCCGUAUCAAACUUACCAUUUGAUUGCUAUCAAGCAGUGCCAGUAAAGAAACCACUUGGUGGAACAUUAAUUAUGGCUGUCAACUCACUCAUUUACUUAAAUCAGAGUAUACCUCCAUAUGGAGUUUCCUUAAAUAAUUUAGCAGAAACUAGUACAAACUUUCCAUUAAAACCACAAGAGGGAGUAAAAGUAAGUUUAGAAGGCUCUCAAGUUGCAUUUAUCUCUUCAGACCGUUUAGUAAUUUCUUUGAAGAGUGGAGAAUUGUACGUCUUAUCUUUGUUUGCCGAUAGUAUGCGUUCUGUGAGAGGUUUUCAUUUUGAUAAAGCUGCAGCAAGUGUUUUAACUUCAUGUGUUUGCAUGUGUGAAGAUAAUUACCUCUUUCUGGGGUCACGUCUGGGUAAUUCACUUUUAUUAAGAUUCACUGAGAAAGAGUCAGAAAAUUUACAAAAUACAUAUGAAAAUGAAAUAACGAUCGAGGAAAAUGAAACAGAGGAAACGCCAGCAAAGAAAGUAAAACAAGACUUUAUAGGAGAUUGGAUGGCAUCUGAUGUUUUAGAUAUAAAGGAUCCAGAAGAGUUAGAAGUGUAUGGAAGUGAAACACAUACUUCCAUUCAGAUCACAUCAUAUAUAUUUGAGGUAUGUGAUAGUUUAUUAAAUAUUGGACCAUGUGGCAAUAUAUCAAUGGGUGAACCAGCAUUUUUAUCAGAAGAAUUUUCACACAGUCAAGAUCCUGAUGUUGAGCUUGUGACAACUUCUGGUUAUGGUAAAAAUGGUGCACUUUGUGUCCUCCAAAAUUCUAUUCGACCUCAGGUUGUAACUACAUUUGAAUUACCAGGAUGCGAAGAUAUGUGGACAGUUAUUGGUACAUUAAAUAAUGAUGAACAAGUUAGACCUGAAGCAGAAGGUUCACAUGCUUUCUUGAUUUUAAGUCAGGAAGAUUCAACAAUGAUAUUACAAACUGGUCAAGAAAUUAAUGAGGUAGAUCAAAGUGGAUUUAGUACACAGGGGAGUACAGUAUUUGCUGGUAAUCUUGGCGCAAAUAGAUACAUAGUACAAGUUACACAAAUGGGUGUACGACUUUUACAAGGAAUUGAACAGAUCCAACACAUGCCUAUAGAUCUUGGAUGUCCAAUUGUACAUGCAAGUUGUGCAGAUCCUUAUGUAACUUUACUUUCUGAAGAUGGACAAGUUAUGUUAUUGACACUCAGAGAAGGACGAGGAACUGCGAAAUUACAUGCACAAGCAGCUAAUUUACUAUUUCGCCCUCAAAUAGAAGCACUGUGUGCUUAUAGAGAUGUCAGUGGAAUAUUUACGACCCAAUUACUUGAGAAUGUAGAAGAUGUAGUGCAUGAAGAGGAGCAUAAUGUAGAAGAACCGCCAAUUGUUAGUAAUAUUGACAAUGAAGAUGAUCUACUUUAUGGUGAUGCACCAGCUUUUCAAAUGCCUGCACCAUCACUCACUAAAACGUCCGAAGCAGCAUCAAAGAAAGCACCCUGGUGGCAAAAGCAUUUACAAGAGAUAAAACCAACGUAUUGGUUAUUAGUAUACAGAGAUAGUGGAACAUUAGAAAUUUAUUCUCUUCCGGAUUUACGUUUAUCGUACCUUAUUCGUAAUUUUGGGUACGGUCAAUACGUAUUGCAUGACAGCAUGGAGUCGACAACAUUGCAAACUGCUCCUGUUAACGAGAUUCCAAAUCCUGAAAUGCAGGUACGUGAAAUUUUAAUGGUAGCAUUGGGUCAUCAUGGAAAUAGGCCAAUGCUUUUAGUGAGACUCGAUUCAGAACUACAAAUAUAUCAAGCAUAUAGGUAUCCAAAGGGUCAUCUAAAAUUAAGGUUUAAAAAAUUAGAUCAUGGUAUAAUAUCAGGGAUUACGAGGCAAACACCGAAAGACGAAGACGUGCCUACAAUGAAUGAGACUCGACAUUGUAUGAUGCGUUACUUCAGUAAUAUUGCUGGAUAUAACGGUGUAUUUAUUUGUAGUGAUUAUCCGCAUUGGAUAUUUCUCACAGGACGUGGUGAAUUGCGUACCCAUCCAAUGGGUAUCGAUGGCCCUGUUACCUCUUUUGCACCUUUUAAUAAUGUAAAUUGUCCACAAGGUUUCCUUUAUUUCAAUAGAAAGGAAGAGCUACGGAUAUGUGUUUUACCAACUCAUUUAUCAUAUGAUGCUCCAUGGCCUGUUAGGAAAGUUCCAUUGCGAUGUACACCUCAUUUUGUUACGUAUCAUCUAGAAAGUAAAACUUAUUGUGUUAUAACGAGCAUAGCCGAACCACUUAAAAGUUACUAUAGAUUUAAUGGCGAAGAUAAGGAGUUUACCGAAGAAGAACGAACGGAGAGAUUCAUUUACCCUUCACAAGAACAGUUUUCGAUAGUAUUAUUUUCACCUGUUUCAUGGGAAACUAUUCCCAAUACUAAAAUUGAACUAGAUCAAUGGGAACAUGCCACUUGCUUAAAAAAUGUUUCUUUGGCUUAUGAAGGAACACGAUCUGGCUUGAAAGGUUACAUAGUAGUAGGAACAAACUAUAACUACGGUGAAGAUAUCACAAGUAGAGGAAGGAUACUUAUAUUUGAUAUAAUCGAAGUUGUUCCCGAACCUGGUCAACCAUUAACAAAAAAUAGGUUCAAACAAAUUUAUGCGAAAGAACAGAAAGGUCCAAUAACUGCUAUCACCCAAGUCUCAGGUUUUCUAGUCUCCGCAGUUGGACAAAAAAUAUAUAUCUGGCAGUUAAAAGAUAAUGACCUUGUUGGAGUUGCUUUUAUAGAUACGCAAAUUUACAUUCAUCAAAUGUUAAGUAUUAAGAGUUUAAUUUUAAUAGCCGAUGUGUAUAAGUCUAUCAGUUUAUUAAGAUUUCAAGAAGAGUAUAGAACGUUGUCUCUUGUUAGCAGAGAUUUUAGGCCAGCAGAAGUAUAUACCAUUGAAUAUUUAAUUGAUAGUUCUAACUUAGGAUUUGUUGUGGCUGAUGGUGAGAGUAAUAUAGCUUUAUUUAUGUAUCAACCAGAAUCAAGAGAAAGCCUUGGUGGACAAAAAUUAAUUAGAAAAGCUGAUUUCCACUUAGGACAAAAAGUAAAUACAUUUUUCCGGAUCAAAUGCAGAGUUUCAGAUCCUGCAAACAGUAAGAAACAAUUUCCUGGUGCGGAUAAAAGACACGUUACCAUGUAUGCAACUCUUGAUGGCAGUCUUGGUUACAUUUUGCCUGUGCCAGAAAAAACGUAUCGAAGAUUACUCAUGUUGCAGAACGUUUUGGUAUCACACAUUUGUCACAUUGCUGGAUUAAACCCGAAAGCAUAUCGUACUUACAAAAGUUAUAUACGGACUCAAGGAAAUCCUGCAAGGGGUAUUAUUGAUGGUGACCUAGUUUGGCGUUACCUUUAUUUACCCAAUAAUGAAAAAAUAGAUGUAGCAAAAAAGAUAGGAACACGUGUACAAGAAAUAAUAGAAGAUCUUACGGAAAUAGAUCGACAAACAGCACAUUUUUAA